AGCUGGCUCCACAAUCAAAGGCUGCACUUCACCCAGCAGACGAGAUGUUGCUACCAUGGCUGAGCCUCAUACCUGUGCUUUUCUGUGUCUCCGCGGACAGUACAGAUUAUUCGACAUUGCACAUGGACUCUGUGACUGGAGUUUUGGAAGACUUUGAAUCCCAGCUGAGAGGGACCCCAGACCAGACUGUGACAGAGCUUUUCCGGGAGCUGGAGUGUUGCGAGGACGAGCUCUGCCAGCUUCUCCUCGGCCCGGUGACUUCGGCGCCCUCAGACGUGUCUUAUUUGAGUGAGCAGCAGAGCAUUUUCCUCAAAAACCUGGUGAACCACGAGGUUGACGCCUCCUUGGUAGAACAUGGGGUGGUCUUGACUCCUGAUGGGACUACAGUUUCGCUCAGUCCCCUUCUUGCUGGGAUAGCUGCAGGGCUCCAGAGGAGCCAUAAGGAGACUCUGCAUGCCACACCUUUGAUCGCCAACUCCACCAAUAGUUCUGUGGUAGAGCUACCCCUUACUCUGGAGCCCCUCUUCGCCACAACAAUCGCCAUGGACCUCGGCAAAGCCUUUCUCCUCUUUCACACCAACCGAAGCCAGGUGGCCCUGGGACCAGACGGCUGCUGGGACAGCAUCUCUGCACCUCAGAAAUUCACCUUGAUGGGGGCUCCCUCGACUCUUCCAGAUGCUUUCAUCAAUGGUGCAAUGGAUGGCCUCAUUCUUGGUACUUACUUGGCAGAGAAAGCAGAUCCGCCAUCCAACCUCAGUGUCCUGCUGAAGGAUUAUUAUGGUGGAGAGGGCCUAGGAGGUGAAAGUGCGAUGCAGAGCAACUUCCGACGAAAGAACUUUGCAGCUCUGGUGAGCGAGGAAAAGCUGAGGAUGCAAGUAGAGGAUUCUCUCCUCCUGCUCCGGAGGCUGAAUGAAAGCAACCCCUUGUUUGAUGGCCUCACAAAUGAAGAACUGAGAUCUGUCGCAAACCAGGCUGUAGAAGAAUUCACGGCUUUGUAUGUAGAGUGUCCUGCAAUCAUCCCACGGUGCAUGUGGGGUGCCCGACCCUACAGAGGAACACCCGCGCAGCUUCAGUUGCCCCUGGGCUUCGUAUACAUCCACCACACUAGCACCCCUGCAAAGCCAUGCCGAAGCUUCCCAUCGUGUGCAGCGGAUAUGCGCUCGAUGCAGAGAUUCCACCAGGAUUUCCGUGGCUGGGAUGACAUUGGCUACAGCUAUGUUGCCGGAGGUGAUGGAUACAUCUACCAGGGGAGAGGCUGGCACUGGGUAGGAGCGCACACACGGAGCUACAACACCAAAGGCUAUGGCAUCAGCUUCAUCGGGGACUACAUGGAGGCACUGCCAGAUGCCCAAAGCAUGGAACUGGUGAAGAACAAUUUCAUAAAGUGUGCUGUGAGGGGCUCCAAGCUGCAAGCCAACUACACCAUCCACGGGCACCGCCAGAUGGGGAACACCCUAUGCCCGGGAGACAGACUCUUCAAAGAGAUUCAAACCUGGAAAGGUUUCGCAGAGAGGUGCUUUACAGACAAGGGUGUUCGUCGCUGCAUCUGACGUAGAGCUUCCUGAUGUUGUUUCCUGAUGUGAGAGUCUUCAAGAACCCAUCAUCCCGCAGACUGGGGGAAGAGUGCCGUCAGUGCCCAAGUCCAACACCAGGGGGCGGCUGUUCAACACCUGCAAGGAAGCCAGGGCUGAAUUCAAAAUCCUUAAGCAAAAUAAAUUAUGGCAGUCAUA